AUGUACCGUCCUAGCAGUAAUAUUAGUCUAGUAGAUUCUCGGCCCGUUACAAUGGGGCGCACGCUCGAUGACGAUGACGAGUGCUUUCCCAGAGGAAAAGCACCUCUUGCAAAACCUCUCGCAAAGUCUCCCGCGAAGGUUCCCACACCCCGGCCUGCAAAACCCCGCAAGGCCGCAGAAGCUAGCCGUGCCGUGACGGACGGGGACAGGGUUUUAGGCGGCGAGGGUUUUGUGGGUGAUGAAGGAAAGAAAAAGGAAACCCCGGAUAAGAAGGGGAAAGCUAGGAUUGAGCGUGGAGAGGGAGUAGCGAAGGAUCGAAAGCGGGCUCGUGAGGAGAUCGCAGCAGGAGAGACGGAAGUAUCUAGAGAAAAGCCAGGGAGAUAUGGAGAGCCGGGGAAAAAAUCCGACGAGGCGAAAAAAGCCCACGCGCGGGGUGAGGGGAAAGCGGCGGCGGAGGGGAAGAAGAAUAAGCGGAAGAAGGGAGCGGGUGGGGCGGUGAAGCAGGGGGUGAGCGUGCUAGAGGAAUGGGUGGAAGAAGAGGAGGACAUCGGCGCGCAGAUUGCCCUUGCGAGAGCCGAGGAAGCUGCGAAGAAGGAGGCGGAGGAGGUUAAGAGGCGUUUGGGAGAUAAGGAGAGCAUGGCGACGAGUGUGAAGGGUUUCACUGCUCAGGACGCCACGCCAGGGAUGCAGCUGUGGGGCUGUGUUGCAGAGGUCACUCCGUCCGGCCUUCUUAUCAGCCUGCCACAUGGCGUGUUCGGAUUCGCUGACGUGGCAGAAGUAUCUGACCAGAUAUCGGGUUGUUUAGGGAAGGCGGAGAGGGGAGAAGCAGUGGAUUGGGGGCAGGAGGAUGAGGAGAUGAAGGAGGAAGGGGAGGAGGAGCAGGAGGAGGGGGAGGAGGGGGAGGAGGGGGAGGAGGGGGAGGAAGAAGGAGCAGGGGGCGAGAGCAUCAAGCAGAAGGGCCCUGUCGUGCGCUUCAAGAGCGUGCCUGUGCACACGGAGCUAUGGGCGGCAGUGGAGAGUGUGGAGGAGCAUGGGCUCAUCCUGUCCUUCGGCCUUCGCACCAUCACUGCCUUCCUGCCCUUCGCCCAACUCACUCAGCGAUUCCCUGGAGUGACGUUCCGCAAGGGGCAGCUGCUGCCAGUGCCAGUGGUGGUGGAGGGGCGGGACAAGGCACACAAGACACUCACAGUCUCGCUCGAACCCACCCCUGCCACUGGCAAGGCUGCACAAGCACAAACACCAUCACCAGCAGCAGCAGCAGCAGCAGCAGCAGCAGCAGGAAAAGGGGAGGGCGGGGAGGCCGAGGAGGAAGGGGGUGCAGCGGUGCUACCGGGGCAGCUGGUGCAGGGCAAGGUGCUGCACGUGCUGCAGGAUGGAUCCAUGGCUGUGGGACUGCCCACUGCCACCGCGUGGGUGCAUCCAUUGAAUCUACCCCGUCCGCUGCUCUCCCGUGACCAGUGCCUGGCCAUCUUCCCCUCCCCAUGGGCGCCACGUGCCUGGCCAUCUUCCCCGUCGGUGCCACGGUGCGUCUCCUCCAUUCCCAUGCCUUUCACUUCCUCCCUCUUCAAUCGUGCUGCUGUUGCCAUAACACACCCCUUCUUAAGCCUCCACGUUUCCACCCCCGUCCUUCACUGA